AUGAGCUGGAACCCGCAGCGCUGGGCGCCCAUCGUCCUGGACACGACGCCGGAGAGCGGCUCCGAGUGUCUCGACCGACCAGAGCUGCUGCUGUUGGGUGCAGUAGGGGCAAACGCCUUUGCCGUGGACAGCGUGCAGUCCGUCAAGUGCAGCAUCACGACGCCGCCCCAGUCUCCGGCACUCGACGUCGAGCAGCGCCGAUCCAGACACAAUGCCAAUGAACGCCGACGGACGAACGCGCUGAAGAUGCGGCUCUUGCACAUGCGAGAAGAGAUGGAGACGCUCGAGGACCAGCGGUCGAAGCUGAAGAAGCGCGACCCGCUGCUGCAAAGCCCAGUGCUGCUGGACACGAUGACGCUCAUCGACGAGCUCCGACAGGAGCAGCAGGAGCUCAACAAGAAGCUGCGUGCGUGUGACCUGCAGAACAGUACGUUCCAGACGAUCGUGUCCGAGUUCGGGGCCAAUGCGUCGUCCUUCGGGGUCGAAGACGAUCGAGAGGAGACGGCAGAGCACACGGACGUGCACCACGAGCGACUCGCGCCGGCGCCGAUCUUCCAGCGCGUGCUCUUCCGUCGUCCCUUGUCGCUCGAUGCCGUCAUGGCGUGUGUGAAAGAGAGCUACGAGUCCAUCAUGGCGUUCCGUGCCGAGCGCGACUUUGAGUCCCUCGACGAGGAAGUGCUGGGCUGGAGUGACAAGCGCCUCUUGAACGCCAGGUCGCUGCGCUUUAUGCUGUCGCAGCAGUUCGAGUGCGUGUCGCCAUCGGAGCUCGUGUACAAGACGUGGAACAUCCUCACGCACCUGGACCUCUACCGGUCCAUGCAGCCGCGCACGGUGGCCCUCGAGCUGCUUCAGCGGGUGACUGACGACUGCGUCAUCGUGCGUCUGAGUGUGAGCAACGGCGACAAAGUGCACCACUCGAUUCUGCUCAUCGCGCGCGGACGGAUUGACGGUGGCUACCUCAUCACAUACCGCUCGAUCCCGCUAUCGUUAGGGCAGCAGCAGUUUGCAGCGAUGGAGGGCACGUACGUCAAUCUCUUCAACUGGUACGUGUUUCUGGAGAAGGGGACAUUGACGGGCGUCUCAGCGUGCGAAGUGACUUUCGGCGGCAGCGUUGAGAACCAGUCGAUCGAGUACCUGCGGUACCUCAUGAUGGAAGUCGUAGCGGGGGUCGUGCGCUGGCAGACGGCAGUGGGUCAUAACAAGUUUCGUCUAUCGCAGAGUUGA